GGUCCAAACCACUUGGGAAGCAGUUUGCACGAAACAUCCUGCUCGAGUUCAAACUCUUCCGCGGAGAUCCACACCAGAUCACCGACGCAGAUGGGACAUGGCACGUGACACCUGUUGGCUUGCUGCUGCAUGCGAACUUGAGCCUUUUGCAUGUUCGCGCGGGCUUGAGCCAAUGAUUCCCUGUACUUCCUUGGAAGCGAGGGAGCAAGCAGCGUCUAUGUCGGUUGUUCGUGGGAGGAGAAGAUCAGCGAUGAUAACGGCCUUUCCGACCACCGUGGUGCAACUCGAAUGGAGUCACGCCGAUCGCCGGAUGCAACGAAGUGUUGUAGGCGAACUCGAUGUCGAGGAGGCGGUCAACCCAAUCCUUCUGAUCCGGACGGAUGAGCGUACGAAGCAUCAUUUGAGCGGUUUGCUGUGCUCGCUCCGUUUGCCUGUCCGUUUGUGGAUGCCGAGCCGAACUUGGUUUCAUCUUGGUGCCGGAUUCCUGCAUGAGAGAUGUCUAGAAUGCCGACAUGAAACGAGUGUCGCAGUCGCUGAUGAUGUCUUCCGGUACGCCGUGGCUGCAAAUCCAGCCGGUGUGCAAAAGGCGCGCAAGUUCGGGAGUCGUGACGUAGUACUUGCAAGGGAGAAAUCGCGCAUACUUACUCGAACGGUCAACGACCGUGAGGAUGCCUUCGUGCCCGAGGCGGUCGAGGGGAAACGGACCGGUGACGUCCAUGGCAAUGGAGAGGCCGGGUUCCCAUGGGAUAGGCACCGAGGGCAACUCGCCGUAGGGAUUGCGGUUGCGGGGCUUGCUUCUUCGACAAACUUCGCAAGAGUCACAAUACCAAGUGACAUUGGUAAUGAGGUCGGGCCAUUGGAAUCGUUACCGAAGUCGUGCAAUAGUGCGAUUGACUCUGAAAUGGCCAGCGAGUCGCGAGUCAUGGUACUCGCCGAGAAGCCGAGUCCGAAGACGACGGUCUCGUGGGACACAUAGUAAGUCCUUGCCUCUCAAGUGGAGGAGCAAGUACCCGUCGACGAUGCGAUAGUGGCUGGCUGAUCCGAAGAGAGCUGCGCAUACAACGU